GCAACCUAAUUGGCUCAUCAGCUUGGCUUCAGAUAACAGAGCUGUGUUGUGGAAGUUGUAUACUGGAGAUACUGGAUGUACUGGAGAUACUGGAGAAUGGUUUGUCAGGUCUGUUGUAUGUGACAUGGAUGUUACCUCUCUGCACUGACACUGAGCAGCCCAGAAGAAUGGGUGGAAGAAGCCCAGCUGAAGUGUGACCAUACAGUAUGCAAGAAAGAGAACAUUUGAAGAAAGAAUCAUGAAGAAGCUGCAUGUUACAAUCCAAAACGGAGGGCCGAUUCAGCUGGCAAAAUGUCUGCAGUGCUGCACUAAAUAUCACUGUCCAUUCUGCAAGCCUGAGAUUUUUAAGCCAACUGUGAAGAGCAAAGUGAGGAAGCACAUUAAAGCCCAUGAAAAGAGAGCUGUCAAAUUUAAAGAAUAUGCAAUCUUUAAAUGUGGCUUGAACUGCAAGGCUGUUUCACAUUUUCACUGCCCAAGAUGUAGUAAGCUAGUGGAGAAAAAGAACAAGUUUCUGGAGCAUCUGGUGAAAUGUGUGGGCACAGUGGCACAUGGGGAUAGAGAGAAUCUCUUCCUGUUAAAGGAGGACAUGCGAAAUGUGUCUAUUAAGGAGGAUGUGGAUAGUAUCUCUGAAGAGCAGGAGAGUCACCCAGCUGUUAUUCUUGAAGAGCAGCUGCAUGUUACAAUCCAAACUGGAGGGCCGAUUCAGCUGGCGAAAUGUGUGCAGUGCUGCACUAAAUAUCACUGUCCUUUCUGCAAGCCUGAGGUGUUUAAGCCAACCGUGGAGAGCAAAGUGAGGAAGCACAUUAGAGCCCAUGAAAAGAGGGCUGUCAAAUUUAAAGGAUUUCUAAUCUUCAAAUGUGGACUGAACUGCAAGCCUGUUUCACAUUUCCACUGUCCCAAAUGUCACAAGUUAUUGGAGAAGAAGAACAGAUUUGUGGAUCAUCUGAACAAAUGUGUGGGCACAUUGACAAGUGAUGGUGGAGGACAAAACCUACCUGUAAAGCAGAAGGCUGACAGCCAUCAUGUGUCUGAAGCAGAGGAGAAUAUCCGGGUUCCUGAAACAAAGGAUUUCCGCCUGUAUGUUGACCCGAGACCAGCACUUCCAGUUCAGUCUGAGGUUGUACCAGUUCCUCAGACCGAUCACAAACCCGCGUUGACCAAUCUACAUGAUUCUGCAUCAUCUUGCACUUUUGUUAAUUCGAGGAUGACCAGAAAAGGAAGAUCUCAGAAGAUGGAUUUUGUUGAAGAAAGCACUCCUGAUCCACUGUCAAUAUGUUCCAAGGUGGAAGAGAAGUCAUGGCGUGAAGCUGUCAAGAGCCUUCAGACUUAUCAGGAAACUAGCAUUUUUAAGAGCAAUGAGGUGAUUGUAAGCACACAGUGUUUGCUGGAGCUCUUCCAGUUCUGUUGGCUUUGUCAUAAAGAGUGCUGUAUUACCAUCGAAGGCAGUGAGAGGCUGUUUUCAGUCAAGCAGGACUGCCAGAUUUGUGGCUACCACAGAGACUGGAGAAAUCACCCGCCUUCAGCCGAUCCUACACAGAACUUUCAUACUGAGGAAGGACGUAUACUUGAGGAUGAGGAUGGUGAAGAGGUUGUGGUUCAGAUUGUGUCAUCUGAUAACGAGUGCAGUGAGCAGGUGUUUAUCAAAAAGGAUGGGUCAUAUUUACGUAGUGAUGAUGACGAAGCAAGUCUGCAGGAGGAAGACGUGAGAAAGAAAAGAAAGAGAAAGUUUAAUAGUGAAGACAGUUCAGAUGAGUGGGAGCCAUGUUUAGAUGAAGAAGCCACAGACUCCGAUGUGUCCAUGGAUGAAGACAUGUUCACAGCUUUAAAGGAGGACGGUCAGGGUAAACUUGUGGUGUGGUGUACACAAUGUGGGACCGAGGCUUCGCUCUCUUGUUCUGUCCUUCGACACAAGAAAGUCUACUGCUGUGCUCAGUGCAGUGCAGGUGACGACAUUCAAACGCAUCGUAUUGAAACGCUUCCUGUUCGGUUUGAUGACGUCGCCGGUUUUCAGAAACAUGCCGAACAGGAGCACGAAUCCAAACCGUUCUAUAAACUGUGUCAGGACUGUGGUAAGUUCGUCAUAGCAAACCCUGAAUCCAGAGGUUUUAAAAAACAUAAAUGUGAACACAAGUCUAAAUUCUUCAUCUGUCCAGAGUGCGGGAAAAGAUUCCUCACCGAAGUCGGCUUAAAGUCGCACCACACGCAGCUCCACUCGGAUUAUGAUCACCCGUGUAAAUACUGUCUAAAGGUUUUCAAAACCAGAUCCUCAAAACUGGACCAUGAGCAGACCCAUCCUAAAGAAACCCGACCGUACAGCUGUCCAGAUUGUCCAGAGAAAUUUAGCAGUAUUCACAAACGCAAUAACCACGUCUCAUCCCACAGAGGGCCACAUAAAUAUGUGUGUGAUGUCUGUGUGAAAGGCUUUAAGGAUAUUAACCAUCUGAGGAGGCAUGAACUCAUCCAUUCUGCAGAAAAGCCUUUCAAAUGCCAAAUGUGUGAGCGUUCCUUUAACCAAAUGGAUAACCUCACGUCUCACAUGCGUGUCCACACUGGAGAGACGUUCAGUCACAACGUCAGCCUGAAAAACUACAAGCAGAGAUGCCAUGAAUCGGGUUUGACUCAUAAUGAAGUACUGACAGAGUGAUUUACAAAAAUACUUGUGAAAGAAGGAUGUAGUAAAUUAUGUACUGAGGGAUUAAAACUGUUGCCCAGUGAAACAGAGAUGUGGCCUCGAUUUACUUUAAAAGGAUUGCAGAGAAACACUUUAAUGAAUCCAAUUGAUACUGUUCAGAUUGAAGAUAUAAAUAUGUCUGAUUUCACCUUUUUUGCCAAAUUACAUUUUCACACUGCACACAUCAUGGAUCAAGCAGGAUCAGUUGACGUUCAUAAGCAAUACAUAAUUUCCAACACUUA